AUGUGGGAAACAGUUCACACGAAAUUCUCACAAAGAAAUAAUGAGGUACAUUUAUAUGAACUUCAGAUAAAAUCCAUGUCCACAAUUCAAGGAAAUAAAUCUGUGAUGGAAUAUACAGGAGAAUUGAAAAAUUUAUGGCAGGAAAUUGAUUAUUAUCUUAGCAUUGAUACAGAAAAAUCUGCAGAAAUUGUUUUCCUACGACAUUUUAUAGAACGAAGAAAGUGUUUAAAUUUUAGGCUGGACUUAAUUCUGUUUUUGAUCAAGUCAGACAACAGAUUUUGAGUCGUGAAAGGAAAUGUGAUUUGGAUGAAGCUAUUUCCAUCAUUUUAAAUGAGGAAACUCGUCGGAAAUUAAUGUUGUCAGUGCCUAAAGUUGACAAUACUGCAUUUAUGAUUAAACAGGGAGAAAUUAUGAAGAAAGCCUCAGGUCAAGCUAAACAGCCCCAGCAUGGCCAAGGAAGAAAUAAGAAGACUGAUUUUCGUGAUAAUCUGUGGUGUACAUAUUGCAGGAAAGCUUGUCACACUAGAGACAUAUGUUAUAAACUACGCGUGGUAAACCAUAAAAUUUUGGCACUGAAAAAUAUGGCAGUCAAUCACAUUUGGCAGCAGGAUUACCAACUAGUCAUUCUUCAGAUUCCCGAAUCAAUCAACAUUCUUUUCUCCUCAAAUUGAGGAUAUAGAGCGACUUCGAAUUGAGUUAGAAAAACUGAAGAUGACAGUGACACAAUUCUCAUCAAUUCAACCUGGUAUAUUUCACCACUCUCUUGGAGUUAGAGUUUCUUCUAGAGAUAUUUUUAAUAAUUGGGUAGUGGACUUAGGUGCAACGGACCACAUGACCAACUCCCUCAGCCUUUUCACCAAAUACAACCCCUGUCCUAGUGACAGAAAAGUGACCACUGCAGACGGAACCUUUCUAACCGUCGUAGUUAUAGGAGUCAUUUGACUUGAACCUCUAGGGGUUCUUACUAAUGCUCUUCAUGUCCCCAAGUUAUUUACAAACCUCAUUUCAGUUAAAAAACUUGUUAGAGACUCACCUUAUCAUGUCUUUUUUGAUGAAGAUGUCUGUGUCAUAUUUGAUAUAAGGUACAUCAUCGGAGAAUUGGAGUUGUUAGAGAGUGUGAAGGUCUUUAUCUUUUAGAAGGACUAAGCUAAACACAUUUAGUGGAAGCGGAUCAAUCUCUAGAACCUCUAGAAUAUGCCCUUAAGAUACGAUUACUUCGCCAACGGAUGGGUCAUCUAUCCUUUUUCCUACUUUGUUUCGAAAGGUGUCAUUGGACAGUCUUAAAUGUAAUGCGUGUAACCUUUCUAGACACACGAACUUCAUUUCAAUCUCAAGGGGAAAGGAGUGAUGUUCCUUUCUUCCUAAUUCAUAGUGACAUUUGGGGACCAUGUCCCAUUAAUAACAUUCGUGGUAAUAAAUGGUUUGCCACUUUCAUUGAUGAUUGUACAAGAUGUAUGUGGGUCUUUCUUCUCAAACAAAAAUCCGAUGUGUGUGAUGUUCUGAAUUUUUUUUGUGCCAGGAAAAAAAAUAAGUUUGGCACUAGUAUUAAAAAAUUCAGAUCUGAUAAUGUUAAAGAGUGUUUUAGCCAAAAUCUGAAUUUAUACUUCCAAACAGAGGGCAUCAUACCUGAAUCCUCUUGUGUCUAUACCCCACAUAAGAACAGUUUAACUGAAAGAAAAAAUGGUCAUCUUUUAGAAGUCACUCGAUCAAUUUUAUUUCAGCAUCAUGUACCUAAAGUUUUUUGGGGGGAGGCUGUUCUAACAGCCACAUACCUCAUCAACCGAUUACUAUCCAGAACCUUAGGCUUCCUCAGCCCGUUAGAUUCAUUAGCCAAGUUUUUCCCAGACCAUCAACUUAAAACUAGGCUAGAACCUAAGACAUUUGGUUGUCUCUUUUGUUCACGUUCAUAA